AUGCUGAUAAUCUUGGCCACAAUCGUUGGCCUCGUCAUCGCUGAUGCUGGAGCAAGAUACGAACGUCAAAGUUCAGGAUACGAAGAGGCUGAGAAUAGUCAGCCCAGACCAGCACCGAUAAGCGCUUCUGGUGGUGAUCAACAAGCUUACAAUUCUGAUGGAGCUGGUGGAGGUGGAGGAAGAGGCGGAGGUGGUGGAGGCCGAGGAGCAGGUGGAGGAGGAAUGGGCGGCGGAGGCGGCAUGAUGGGCGGUGGCCGUGGAGGAGGAGGAGGCAUGAUGGGCGGCGGAGGAAUGGGCGGAGGUCAUGGAGGAGGCAUGAUGGGCGGUGGAGGAGGAAUGUCUGGCGGAGGAGGAGGAAUGUCUGGCGGAGGAGGAGGCAUGAUGGGCGGUGGAGGAGGAAUGUCUGGUGGAGGAGGAGGAAUGUCUGGCGGAGGAGGAGGCAUGGGCGGUGGAGCCUCCGGAAGUGGCGGAGGAUGGUCCUCUGGAAGUUACUACAGAGGAGGACAAGGUGGCGGAUCUUCUGGAGGUAGCGGCGGUGGAUACUCUGGAGGCGGAGGAAGCGGAGGCGGCGGAGGCAGCGGAGGAGGUGGAGGCGGUGGAGGACGAUACGCUACAGGAGGAAGCGGCGGUGGUGGCGGCGGAUCUGGCGGAGGUGGAAGCAGUGGCGGCGGAGGCUAUGGAGGAAGCAGCGGUGGAGGAGGAAGCAGCGGCGGAGGCUAUGGAGGAAGCAGCGGUGGAGGAGGAAGCAGCGGCGGAGGCUAUGGAGGAAGCAGCGGCGGCGGUGGAGGCCGUGGAGGAAGCGGCGGAGGCAUGAUGGGCGGUGGCCGUGGAGGAGGAGGAGGCAUGAUGGGCGGUGGCCGUGGAGGAGGAGGAGGAGGCAUGAUGGGCGGCGGAGGAAGCUACGCUACUGGACCCGGUGGCGGAUACUCUGGUGGCGGAGGAAGCAGUGGCGGAAGUGGAGGUGGAGGACGUGGAGGAAGCGGCGGAGGCAUGAUGGGCGGUGGCCGUGGAGGAGGAGGAGGCAUGAUGGGCGGCGGAGGAAUGGGCGGAGGUCAUGGAGGAGGCAUGAUGGGCGGUGGAGGAGGAAUGUCUGGUGGAGGAGGAGGAAUGUCUGGCGGAAGAGGAGGCUAUGGUGGAAGCAGCGGUGGAGGAGGAGGCAGCGGCGGAGGCUAUGGCGGAAGCGGCGGCGGCAGCUACGCUACUGGAGGUAGCGGCGGAUCCGGCGGAAGUGGAAGCAGCGGCGGUAGUGGAGGCCGUGGAGGAAGCGGUGGAAGCAGCGGCGGCGGAGGCUAUGGUGGAAGUAGCGGUGGAGGAAGCGGCGGUGGACGUGGUGGCGACCGCGGCUGUGGUGGCGGACAAGGAGGCGGCAGCGGUGGAGGAGGCAGCGGUGGAUACUCUGGCGGCGGUGGAAGCAGCGGCGGAGGCAGCGGCGGAGGCAGCGGAGGCAGUGGCGGAUACUCCGGCGGUGGUGGAAGCGGCGGCGGAGGCAGCGGUGGAUACUCCGGCGGUGGCGGAAGCGGCGGCGGAGGCAGCGGUGGAUACUCCGGCGGUGGCGGAAGCGGCGGCGGAGGCAGCGGUGGAUACUCCGGCGGUGGCGGAAGCGGCGGCGGAGGCAGCGGUGGAUCCUACGGCGGUGGUGGAAGCGGCGGAUCUUAUGGAGGAUCGGCCGGCGGGUACUUCCAUCGACGUUUCCUUGCUGCUCGACGUGCAUAG